AUGGAUUUCUAUAUAAGUAGGAUGCAUGGAUCUAAAUAUCCCGCAGUAGAAGAUCUUGGUAUCGGCGCAACAAAUGCUAGCAAGAAAGUAAUGGUGAGAGGCUGGACUGAUAAAAAAAAUAUUUCCGUUUCUUUACCCAAUAUCUUUGAGUUGAAACCCAUUCCAUAUUUGGAAGAA